AUGCAUCGUCUCAUCUUUGGGCAUUCUUUCGUUGAGCUCGCGGCAGUGAUCCUUCUCCUGGGGCUAGCGUUCUAUUUCCUCAAUAAGAAGAAAGCUAGUGUGCAUGGAAAUACAGAAGAUGCUGAUACGGGCACAUCUGGUUCGUUGACUACACCGAAAAAAACUAAUUCCGGUGGAUCUAGUUCAUCUCCGACAGAAACUAGCAACAUUGGAUCUAGUUCGUCUCCAGCGACCGAUAUUUCCGUAGGAUCUAGUUCGUCUCCGACAGGAACUAAGUCCAUUGCAUCUAGCUCAUCUCUGACAGAAGCUAACAAUGGUGCAUCUAGUUCGUUAGCUGCUUCGACUGGAAACUGCUACGAGGUGUUCUUGAGCUUCAGAGGCCCAGAUACUCGAAAAGGCUUUACCGAUCACCUCUACAAUGGGCUCCUCGAUGCCGGAAUUGACGUUUUCAGAGACGAUGAUGAGCUCCCCCAAGGCGAGAACAUCAGACCAGAGCUUUUGGCAGCUAUCACGAACAGUAAAAUCCUGAUCCCCAUUCUCUCCGUGAAUUAUGGCACAAGCAGUUGGUGCCUGGAUGAACUAGUUAAAAUAAUAGAUUGCAAAAAUAAUAACGGGCAGAUAGUUUUGCCUAUAUUCUAUAAAGUGAAACCAGCUGACGUGGGACAUCAAAUCGGGAGUUUUGGAGAAGCAUUUCAUAAGCGUGAGAGUCGUUUGCUUGAGAGGCGUUUCGACCCGACGAUUCUGAAGAAAUGGAAGCAAGCACUCCUUGAAGUCAGCACCUUGAAAGGAUACGAAGCCGCGGGGUAUGAAGCGAAGUUGGUGAACUCGGUUGUCCGAAAAGUGUUGAGCGAACCGAAGAAAAAGUUUGAGUUGGUUGUUUCUGAGAAUUUGGUCGGAAUUGAUAGUCAUGUGAAGAAUGUUUUGGAAUUUGUGGAGAACAAAUCUCAUGCCACCCUAUUUGUUGGCAUCCAUGGAAUGGGAGGCAUUGGGAACAGAAAAGAUUGAGGCGAUUAUUCUGAGUGAAGGCAGCUCAAAAGUCUCCGGCAAAACAGCUGAGCGAAAUGGCGACAUUUACACGGAAAAACAAUUCAAGAAUUUGACGAGUCUAAGAUUCCUUCACAUUAAGAGGGCACAUCUCAGUGGAGAUUUUAAGGACUCAUUUGAGGGGUUAAGAUGGCUUCGAUGGCAAAAAUGUCCCAUGAAUUUUGAAGUAAACAAUUUCCAUGUUAAGGAAUUAGUUGUACUCGAACCGUCAAAAAGCGAGAUAAAUGAGAAAUGGAAAGGAUGGAGUU